AUGAGGCAGUUCCUCAGCCGGCCGGCUCUCGCCGUAGCCUCAAUCCUCUUAACACUACCUCUCAUAUCCGCCCAAAACGCCCAAGUCAAAGUCACCUUCGACUCGACAUUCCGCACCAUCGCCCCUCCAAACGACGCCUUCGCCCAAGACGCAACCCACGUCCGCGUCGUCUCGACGAUCCUCCUCGCCCUCUCCCUCACCUUCGUCCUCAUCUCCCUCGCAGAGAGCAAGCGCUGGUCCUCCACCGUCCCCACGGCCCUGACCCUCGGCGCCGCGACCUGCGUCCUGCCCGAGGCCGUCGACAACUACCUCGCAAACUGCUACUGGUCGCAGUCCCACGACCCGUCCCAGCUCAUGUUCACCUUUCUCGGCCGGGAGUUUGAUGUGUAUGUCGGCAUCAUCUGGUGGUCCUUUGGCGCCGUGCUAGGAUGCUCCAUCUUUGGCGCCCUCAUGCGCGGGGUAAGCAACAAGACGUUGUUGGUCUUCCUCGGCCUCGCGGGCCUGUUUGACAUCGUCUUGGAGGAGUGCCUGCUCAACUACGGCGGACUGUACCUCUACUACGGCCACCAGCCUCUCGUGCUGUUUAGCUUGUUUCCCUGCUGGUGGGCGUUCUGCAACGUCUCGGCCGUGUUUUUGGGCAUCGCUAUGACGUACCGGUACCGCGAGUGGUUCAACGGGUGGAGGAGCGUCUUCGUGCUGCCGAUUCUGCCCUUUUGUUACGUUGCCGGGUGGUCUUUAGCGGCUAUGCCUACCGUGUAUGCCGUUCACGCCGAUUACAGUCCUUUGGUCACGCAGCUGUGUGGCAUUCUUACGUGUUGUCUGGCUUUGCUUCAAAUUGGAGUCAUUAUGGACGUCGUUCUUGGGAGGCAGGUGCUUGAAGCUGAUCAUGUAGUUCGCGUGGUUCGAUUUGAGGAGAAGACAUGGUCAGUCAAGGCCCACAAGUAG